AUGGCGGUGUUGCAACAAUAUAGUGAUAUUCUCAAUGUUACUCAGAAAACAGAUUCACAUGUAGAAACUUCAGCACUGGAUCAGUCUUCAGGUGGUUUAACCAAAAUAUUUGUUUCCAUAAGCCUGGCAUUACUGGUUGUGGCUUUAGCUGGUGUGAUUUACUGGUGUCUUUGCUUGAAGGCUAAACCAAAAGGACAAAAGUAUGGAGUGGAGAUAAUAUUAAAGGUUGUGGGACAAUCUGUCACUCUAAACACUGACACUGAAGUACAGACAGAUGAUCACAUAAAGUGGAUGUUUGGAGAUAAAAAGUCUCUCAUAGCUCAAACUAAAGAAGGGACUGGAGAGAUCACUGUAUAUAAUGAUGAAGAGGAGGAUGAUGACAGAUUCAUAGACAGACUGGAGCUGAAUCAUCAGACUGGAUCUCUGACCAUCAGGAACAGUAGAACCACAGACUCUGGACAUUAUCAUCUGCAGAUUAACAGAAGUGGAAAAACCUCUUUCAAGAGAUUCAGUGUUACAGUCUCUGACUCACCUGAAACCAGAAUUAUUAUGUUAUAUGACAGUGAGAUUACUGAGAACAAAAUGCCAUUGAUGGAGAAACUUCCAACAACUUCAGCAUGAAUUAAUUAUUAUUAUUAUUAUUAUUAUUAUUAUUAUUAUUGCAUAUAUAUAUGAGCCUGUAUUGCACUAUGUAUAAUCAUUUUCUAUUCUUAAAUGUUUAAAAAAAAAUUUAAAUCAAUUUUUAAAUCACUUUGUUUUGUUGUGAUUAUUAUUAUUAUUAUUUUUAAUUCCUUGUUAUUAUUAUUAUUUUUUUUAAUGACUAUUUCACUUCCUUUUAUGUAAAGCACUUUGAAUUAUCACUGUGUAUGAAAUGUGCUAUAUAAAUAAACUUGCCUUGCCUUGUGUGAGACACAUUAGUUAAUUGACCAUCCAAUGUCCAAUUCAGUGUUUCUGGCCUGUGAGUGAAAACUAUAAUGUGAAUAUUUUUUGCAGAAUUUAUUGGCAAGUUUCAGAUAUUUUGAGUUUUUAUUUUAUUUUCUGUUUGUUGAUAUGUUAAUAUCUGCGCUUUGUUUUUCUUGACUUGACUCAUCAAUGUUUUGAUGAUAAUAUCACUCUUCUGUAUGAUCUGACUGAUUUCUUCUUUGUUUUUAGUCUAAUUAUCUGUGCUUGAAUCAUUUGGUGU